AUGAUCACCGAGCUGAUGGACAGGGCCCACGAACGUCACCAUCAUCUGCGCAGCACGGUCCACAAGGGCGGCAAGACCGAGGGCGAUGGCGAAGGCAAGGAUGCUUCGCCUAUUCCCGAAUCUAUCUCGGGGGCCGCGGCAGAGAACCAAGUACGGGAGCAGCAGGAGGAUCAACAUGAUGAGGUGGACACCAUGGGUGACGGUACCGACGACGGCAACAGCAACAGCACCAGCACCAGCACCAGCACCAGCGGCAACGGCAACGGCAACAGCGACAGCGACAGCGACAGCGACUGCCGCAGCAACGACAAGAAAGGACCUGUACACACACCCGACGCCUUCCAAUUCCACUCGGACUUCGUCUUGCAUGUCGGAGACUUCCUGCACGGGAGACUCCCGAACCUGGCGAAGACGGCCAUGGUGUACGCCACCUCCAUCGACUGCUUCGUCGUGCGCGCCACGGCCACCGGAACGCCCCCGGGGGACCUCGAGGACCGGACCGUCGACCCGGCGUCGCAGACGAGGCGGACCCUGCUAGAGGCCAACACGCAACGCAUGUCGAUUGUCGAGGGGCUACAAGCUGAAAUCAUGGCAGAGACAGCGGAGGCAGAGAAGGAGACGGUCGAGGGCCGGGGUCUGAAGAAGUCGAAGAUGGUCGCCGUCUUGGGCUUUCUGCCCUUCGGAAAGCACGGCUUUCGCCGGCGACGACCGAGGGAGCACGCGGCUGCACACUUGGGGGAGGCGACGCUCUCCGUCACGAACAAGGGAGACCUGGAGGUCUCGGUGGACGGAUCCAUCGUCCUUGGGAAGUCCGGGCCUUCCUGGUUCGGGUUUCGUAAGAAAGACUUUACGUACGAGGUCCGUGUUACGGAGGGCGUGGUUAUGGUGUCGCAAGGCGGCCACGACUGGGGCAUCCAGGCCCGGAAACUCUAG